CUUGUUGACAGCAGGUAUUUGCUGCGCGAAUUGCCGGGGAAAAUAGAUAGAAGUCGCAAGCCGCUGCUCAUAUUGUGCAACACCUGAAGUCAGCUCAACGCUGGGUUCUCACCAUGGGUUCUCACCAUUCUCCUCCGCCCCGGAUCGAUGCCGGAAUAUUCAACGUGGCCCGUCCGUCCUACAGCCCUGCUACAAUGCAGCUGAUGAAAGUGCUGAUGGAGGAGACCAGGGUCCCAAAGGCCCAGCAGCGCCUGUUCCAGCAGUCCUUGCGCUCCGGCCAGCCUCUGCCGACCUUCGAUCGUUCUGUUCGGCACCGACCUCGGCCGUCCCGGCCCGCUCCCCGCGAGCGGACGGAAAGCACGUGCGGCCGCCGAAGCCAGGACACCAUCAGCCGUCUGGAGAGCGGCCAGCCACCCGUCUACCGGCCGGUUCCAGGACGUGACCGGGACGCCGAGCGGGAGCGGCUGGCGUACGUGAUGACCCACGGCCGCGAUGAGCUGCCGCUGGCCGGCGCCGCCGACUCGGCCGAGCCGGACAACAGCGGGGGGCCGCCGGAGCCGCCGGACAGAUUCGAGGAGUUGUGGCGGGAGGUGGAGGAGCGGCAGCAGUUCCUGCAGGAGAUGCGCCAGCUGGGCAGAGCGGACGAGUACGAGGCCGUCAUCCGCGGCGAGGUCGCUCGCAUCGUGAAGGAGAUGGAGCAGCUGCAGCGAGAGGAGCGGCAGUGA